AUGUCCCUCAGCAAGCACGUCGACCCGGACGAGCUCAUCGAGCAAGCCGUCGACCACCCCAUCCUGGGUCUCCUCCAGCACCCGGGCGGCAAAAAGUCCCACGCCUACCACUCGCACGCCCACGCCGGUCGCUACGUCACCGAGCCCAUCCCCAAGUACCAGAUUCCCAAAAAGGGUACCGAUGCGCAGGCCACCUACCAGCUCAUCAACUCGGACCUUUCGCUCGAUGGCAAGCCUACGCUCAACCUUGCGUCCUUUGUUCACACCUGGAUGCCCGACGAGGCGACCAAGCUCAUGACCGAGACCAUGAUGAUCAACAUGUGCGACCAGGACGAGUACCCGGCCACCAUGGCUAUCCACGCCCGCUGCGUUAGCAUGCUCGCCGACCUCUGGAAGGCUCCUACGGAGAAGGACGAGAACGGCAAGCGCAAGCCCGCCAUGGGUGUCGCUACCACCGGCUCGUCCGAAGCCAUCAUGCUCGCUUGUCUUUCCGCCAAAAAGCGAUGGCAGCACAAGAUGAAGGCCGCUGGCAAAUCGUUCAAGGAGCCCGGGCCCAACAUGGUCUUUGGCAGCAACGCCCAGGUGGCCAUUGAAAAGUUUGCACGUUACUUUGACGUCGAGAUGCGCCUGGUGCCGGUGAGCCACGAGUCGCGCUACUGCCUCGACAUCAACAAGGCCAUGGACUAUGUCGAUGAGAACACCAUCUGCGUCGUCGUCAUCCUCGGCUCGACCUACACGGGCCACUACGAGGACGUCGAAGGCAUGUCCAAGCUGCUCGACGCUUACGAGGAGAAGACGGGCAUCGAUAUUCCGAUUCACGUCGACGGCGCAUCGGGUGCCAUGGUCGCUCCAUUUGCCACUCCAGGGCUCAAAUGGUCGUUCGACAUUCCUAGGGUCAAGAGCAUCAACACGUCGGGCCACAAGUUCGGCAUGGUCUACCCGGGUCUCGGCUGGGUGUUGUUCAGGGACAACGAGCAGGUGCCCAAGGAACUCGUCUUUGAACUUCACUACCUGGGUUCGGUCGAGUACUCGUUCGGACUCAACUUCUCCCGCCCCGCCCACCCGAUCAUCGGUCAGCUGUUCAACUUUAUCAACCUCGGGUUCGACGGCUAUCGUCGCGUGAUGCAGUCGGAUCUGCAGAAUGCACGAUUGCUCUCCCGCGCGCUGGAGAACAGCGGAUACUACGAGGUGCUGAGUGAGAUCCACAAGCCGCUGCCCAACGCGGGUGCCGCUGCGGGUGGCGUGGCCGAGACGAUCAAGGAAGCGGGUGCCGCCCUCGUCGGUGGAAAGGAACACAAGCGCCACCACCACGAGAUCAACGAGCAUUCCGCCGAAUUCUACCGUCCCGGUCUCCCCGUCGUCUCCUUCCGAUGGUCCCAGUCCUUCCGCGAACGCAACCCCAACCUCGAACAGCGAUGGAUGCAAACCCUCCUCCGAGCCAAAGGAUGGAUCGUACCCAACUACAACCUCUCGCCCGACCUCGAGGACAUCGACAUCCUCCGCGUCGUCGUGAGGGAGAAUUUGAGCGAGAGCAUGAUCGAACAGCUCCUGGUGGACAUUAUUACGAUCACGGAGAGUUUGGAGAAGGAAGGCACCGAGGGUGGAUACCGCCACCUGGCCGAGGCGACCAGCAAGCACGAGGAGAAGCAGAAGGAACAGGGCGCCAGCACCGGUCAUCACAAUGUGGCGACCGACAAGCACAGGGGUGGUCUGCCCAAGGGCAGUGGAACCAAGGCUACGGGGUAUGCCAAGCAGUGUUGA